CCAGCGCGCGAAUUGCUUGGCAAGCUGGUCUUUUGUAGGCCAAUUAAUUAUAUUUUCGCCAAGUUGGUGAUCCCCUCCGAAAGGACAAUAGUUCCAAGGCCUGCAACGUCGGGUCGCUGAGUCUCUACACCACUCCAGCCGCCCUGACCUUUGUAGAAGUGUUGGAAGCGGCGAGUCGCAACAGUUUGUGCUAUUGCAGUGUGGCGAGGAGCCAGGGAAAAGUUUCACCUCAGUUUAGGUUGAGUACCACGGUGAUCCAGUUUGUGCUGGAAAGGCUAUUGCCACCUGUUUCCAGUCCAGCAGUGAACCUCCUCCAGAUUCCGGCGAAGUAGGUCUCACAGCGGAACAGGGACAUCCAGAACACGGGGUCACAUGGUUGCCACUCUCCGUGCCGAGAGAGCAGCGGACGUGUUCUCCAUAUUGCUGCCAGUGCUACUACCAUCACCAUCUUCAUCAUCGCUAUCAGCAUCGCCGGCAUUGCCCCCUACUCUGCUCUGUGCAUCCAUCCUCCGCACAUGAUGAUGAGCUGCACGGAUACCCAUGGUAUGGUUGCGAAAGCAGUUUUGCUUCUGCUGGCUCUCUGCGUUGGUAUAGGAACGGGUGUCGUGGAACUGCACAGCCGGGAGCGCCUGGAUGCGGAUACUAACACUUACACCCUCGUGCUGACUGGUGAUGAGAAAUUCAGUAACUUCGAUAGUGAGCCUAUUCACUCUGAUAUUUUAGCUUCCCUACCACAUUGCAGAGGCAAUGAUCCUGGUAUAGCCUUGAUACAUACAGAUGUAAAUGGAAUCAACACUACAAUUCCAUUACGCCGCAGUGGAUCUUUCUUGCGUUGGGACGUGCAAAGGGAUCAAGCCAAUUAUAAGCAAGGCAGCCUUAGGUGCGUUUCUAACGUAGGGGUAUCGGCCAGGACGUUCGUACUGAAACGAUACGAGUUUCGGAGGGUGGCUGUUGACGUUGGAAAAGCAAAUAAGGAUUUUAGAGACUCGUUCAAUGCCACCUGUUCCAGAUAUAAUCCGAAUGCACUGAGCUUAACCUUCUCCUUUCGUGUAUCUGUGGCCAAGAGAUUUGGUCGGACGUUGUUCAGGGCAAAUGUGCAAGAUCAGGGGAUCGCGCCUCACUCCCAUGCCACACUCAGGAUCAAUCCAAUUCUCCGUGGCCUUCUUGCUAGCGGGCUGUAUCAUUUAGAGUGCACAGGCAGGGUACUGUGCUCAACCAACUUUGGAUUUCUCUCUUCUUGCGAGCAAAUCGACAGUGAUUCCAGAGCUAUCACGAACAUUACCUUCAGAGAAAUCGACGAAUGCAGUCGGGGCGUGCACGACUGCCAUCGGCAUGCGCUCUGCAGUAACACGGUCGGGUUUUUCACGUGCACAUGCAAGCAAGGCUUCCUGGACAUCAGCAACACACCCGGCACCACCGCUGCCACGUCAGUGCUAGCACACGGACGUACCGGACUGGUCUGCCAGGAUGUCGACGAAUGCGUGACCAGCCCCUGUCCCUACAGCGCGGGUGCAACAACGCCGAGGCCCGUUUGCCUGAACACGCCUGGCAGUUAUCGCUGCUCAUGCAUCGCCGGCUAUACGUUGGCUGGAUCGACGUGCUUAGACCAAGACGAAUGUAAUACCACUCUCGUGCCCACGACAACCGCCGCCGCCAUUGCCGUGGCAACAACAGCACCAAUAGCGACUUCCUCGCUCGCGUCACGCACAGGCACACAUCCGCAGCAGCAGCAGAAGCAGCAGCAGAGAGAGCCUUGCGGCGAGUACGCCACAUGCCAAAACACCGUCGGCUCUUUCCUGUGCCACUGCAUAUCUGGCUACCGUAGCAAUGGGUCCAGUUGCCGUGACGUGAAUGAAUGUCUGGGCGGCAGUCAUAACUGCGUCGGCACUGGGUCGCUAUGUAAAAACACGCCGGGUUCGUUUGCGUGUUUCUGCGACAAGUAUUUCGUCCGCAACGGAACACAAUGUUCUGACAUCAACGAGUGCCGAUCGCCGACUCUGAACAGUUGCCAUGACAACGCCGUGUGCAUCAACCAUCUCCGUGGUUACAGUUGCUCGUGCGAGGUUGGCUACCACGGCAGCGGCAGGUCGUGUCGGGAUAUAGACGAAUGUGCCCUGAAGGAUCACCAAUGCCACUCUAGCGGCGCUGUGUGCCGCAAUGCCCCCGGCGCGUACUCCUGCGCCUGCUCCAGCGGAUUCUCCGGCAACGGCACCGUCUGUGUGGACGUUAACGAGUGCCGUCUCGGAACGCAUGAUUGUCACGGCAACGCUACGUGCCAGAACCACGUGGGUUCGUUCUCCUGCUCGUGUGGCCGGGGCUUUAAGGGCAACGGUACGGCUUGUAACACGAUUGGCGAAGCUAAUCAUUUCUUAGCCAACUCUGGAUCCGAUCGGGCGGUGGGAAUUGCCUUUGGAAUAUUGGCUUGUCUGACAGUAGUCGCAAUUGCUGGUCGCGUCUACAAAUCAAAGCUGGGGAUGAGACUAGAAAUUCCACGCCAGAUCCAAGCUGUCUUCUAUAAAGAUGAGUCGCUGCACAGAAACGAGGCACCCGCACCGAGUGGGCAGAAGUCCGGCGCAAGUAGCAUUAACGCCAACCGUCCCUUGCCCAGCGUGGAUGGCGGGGACGACGGCGGCGGUAUAUACGAGGCCGUCGCCCAGGGCCAUGGCAAGCCGAGGCCUGGGAAAGCGCCGGGCAAGCAGGCCAAUGGCUCAGCGAAGGCAGGCCACGUUGUGCCGAGCAGCAGCGUGUUGUCUCGCACGGCCGACACGGUCAUCAGCUCUUGCAGCUUGUCUGACUCUUGUCACACUCUUAAAGGAAGCCAACUCACCCAGACUAGCGACAGCAUCGGGGACUAUGAUACAGUGGGAAUGCGCUCAGCUAGCGACGGCCAUCCGACAAACAAGAAGAAGAAGAAGAACUUCUCGGAGGGCAAGUUGAAUUCGCCUAUGGGGCGCCAGUCGCAGGACAAUUGCCCCACUGACAAGGACGACGAUCAGCCGAUGUAUAUCUGCGCAGAGGACACCCUGCCUACUAAAGGCAGCAGUAGUGACGAUGAUGACGGGGAGCAGGAUAUGUACGAAGCGUGCGAUUCCCCAGCGCACCACAUGAGCAACAAUGUGCACAGUCCCUCCGGCAGGCCGCCACCGCAGCGGGAGAUGCGAACCAUGCAGAGACAGUCCACCGUCACGUCGAGUUGUGAUACGGACGAGUCUCUCACAGACGUGGCCAGUGCCGUGUCGUCGUCCACCAAUCUCGUGUCCCAUGGCAACACCAGAAAUAGCAACAGCAAGACUGCACAGAAGCAGAGGCAGCAGCAGGAACAGAUGAACAAGAGGAUGCAGUUUAGCCGCAAGGACACAGUGCUAACCAUCACAUCACUGGACCUAGACGAAGACCCUCAGACCAGUGGUAAUGUAUGCACGUGGAGACAGGUGCGCGCCGAAAGCACGUGUGGCACUCCUAUCGCAGAGGUGAACGCCAUCGAAGAGGAGACUUACUGUGAUGGAGACACGGUCAGUGUCGAGGACGGUGAAAACUAUGGAAAUGCUGAUGCAGUCAUCGCAGGUCAAGACAACGUGCACGUCACCAAGGUCGAAGAACGCUCCAACUCUGCCAUGUUGCCUGCUCAAGAGUCCAGACCACACGGCAGAAGCAACACUGCUGCGUACAACAUUACCUCUACCCCAGACCAAUAUGUUUACACCAACAACCCUGACCAGAGUAAGGAAGAUGAGAUGAUUUACGAAAUUGACAAAGGGUCCAUCUGCGGCGGUGUGACGGUCACUGGCAACAACCAGCGUAUGGCGGCCAUGAGCGCCGAAAACUACGACAACCUGUCCGUGUCGCGUGUCAGCACGAAGGGAAGAAGAUGUUCCUUGGCGGGCGCGUCAAUUUGCAGCGAAUCUGAGUAUGGCGAUGCGGACGGCCUUGUCUACAACACGUCCAUUGUCCCAACAAACGCCAGGCUAGCCUCGAGUGAACAAUGCCCCUCGGCUCUGCGCCCUGGACCGCCAGCACAAUACUCCAACAGAGAUGCCCCCGGGGUAAAUCAACUUCCUCUCAGCAACUCUCAAAGUCCUCGGCACAGUGGCAGCUGUCAACAUGCACUGCAUCUUCCAGCCGCUGAAGUGCACCCAUCACUUACCUACAAUAAUGCUAACAACAUGGGUCGUGGCAGUUCAAACAGGGAAGCAGAGACAUACAAGAACUCUUUGUCAGCAGCACAUGGCAUCGAGCAGCAUCAACAAGCAGGGCACAAUUCCAGUGCUGCAUGCUCAGCAGAGCGUCGUGGACAGACGGAUACGAAUUCUUCGAGGGCACCACUUCCGCCCCAGGAGCAGACAAAGCCUGACGAUAAGCUUGCCGGCCCCAACAACAACAACAACAACCUGCCACCGACCGGAAGACCUGAGCAAAACACUAUGCACCCAGGCAGCACACGCCUUGCCGCGCCAGACAACACCCAUCAGGCAGACGACGUCGAUGAGUUAGGCGUCGGUGAACCAGCGGACGCGACCCAGGCAUCUGGCUCCAACUCGCCGCGUCAGCCCGCCAAACUUGCGACCAGUGGCAACACGAUGGUCGACAUCAGCGGCGAGUGUGACGGAUUCUACGACUUGAGUGAUCUGCAAACCCCGGCCAAGACGGCACGUGUUGCACAGGAGAGUAAUACCUGUUCUCCUCCGUCAAACACUCGUCUCCAUCACGUGCCGCGGAUUGGCGGCUCCCCUGGUGGCGGCAGCACUGCGGUAUCGACUGCGGCACACACGGACGGUGCGGAAACGUUCAGCGAGGACGACGACCAGGAAGUCUACAGCUGCAUAAAUUAGGCGUAGGGCACGUGUAGAGCCUGCUCAGAGUGUGCUCGGCAUGUUCUCGUACUGUGCUCAGAAUGUACUCUGAAUAUGCUCAGCGUGUAUUCAGAGUGUGCUCAGAAUGCACUCAGAGUGUACUUGGAAUGUGCUCGGAGUGUACUCAGAUUCUCCACCACAUACCACAUGCAUAGUCUUGCUAUGACUCAUCAACGUAACUGAAUUUGAUAUUUCUCUCCCAAGCCCCCCCCC